AUGGGCGCUUACCACGAGCGGCCCACGGACCAGGCGCCGUUGCUGCCCGGGGACGCCGAGCUGAAGGACACCACCUUCGUUGAUGUAGUCGAGAAGCUCUCGCUGCCGCAAGUGGAGCGCACUCUGGCGCUCAUCAAGCCGGACGCAGUUGCCCAGGGCAAUGCGCAGGAGAUCAUGUCCAUCAUUCGGCACAAGGGAUUCACUAUCAUCGAGCAGAAGCGCCUGCAGUUGAGCCAGACGCGCGCGGAGGAGUUCUACAAGGAGCACAGGGACAAGCCGUUCUUCGCCGGGCUGGUGGAGUUCAUGACCUCGGGCCCCAUCUACGCGCUGUGCCUGAGCAAGAUGAACGCCAUCAGCGACUGGCGGGAAUGCAUGGGCCCGACCAACUCGGACAAGGCCCGCAUCGAGUUCCCGCGCUCCAUCCGCGCGCUGUACGGCACGGACGGCCGCCGCAACGCCGCGCACGGCUCCGACUCGAAGCUCAGCGCGUACCGCGAGGUCAAGUUCUUCUUCCCGAAGCUCUACAUCGAGCCGCCGCGCGACCAGACGUGGGCGAAGGAGUACAUCGAGGCGGAGCUCGUCCCCGUGCUCACCAAGGGCCUCGUGGAGCUCGGCCACACGCGCCCGACCGCCAACAAGCUCGAGGCCGUGGUGUGGCUCGCGGACUGGCUCGAGCACCACAACCCGAACAAGGCGCAGCUCGUGGUGGGCCGCGAGGAGAUGCCGCUGGGGAAGGAGGAGGUGGACGCCGAGGAGGAGUUCGCGGCCGCGGAGCUGGCGCAGGCCGACAGCGCGCAGCCCGAGGAGGGCGAGGCGACCAGGGCCGAGGCGCAGGCGGCGGCCGGCGGGGAGGGCGCGGACGACGCCGCGGAGCUCGAGGCCGCGGCCACGAAGAUCCAGGCGACGUUCCGGGGGAUGCAGGACCGGAAGAAGGUGGAGGAGCUGAAGCGCGCAGGCGAGGGGGAGGGGGAGGAAGGCGGGGACGCGGAGUGA